AUGCCGGCCUACCACUCUUCUUUCAACGAGGAACCCGACGUUCGACAAGUCGGGAACGUAGCUAUACUGCCCAUCAAGACACGAAUACGCGGACCGGCACCGAUCGCCGAUGCUAGCGAGGCCGACAUAAUAGACGAAACACUCGAUCUCUUCCGAGCGAACUCGCUGUUCCGCAACUUCGAAAUCAAGGGCCCCGCGGACCGUCUGCUCAUUAUCCUCAUUCUCUACGUGUCCGACUGCAUCGCCAAGCUCGCUGCUCAACGGACGCCCCCCAACCAGAUUGAUGCGGGAAAGAUGCUCAACACGCUUUCCGUGGACAGCUUCCCUAUCCCUGGGGACGCCAACUUCGUACUGAAUGCGCAUUACGCUCCGCCCGCGUCUCGCGUGGAUGCAGAUUACCUCCGGCAAUAUUUGACGCAAGUGCGACAGGAGCUCGCCGCUCGUCUGGUCGAAAGACUAUACGCAGAUGGCACCGGAGUGCCCAGCAAAUGGUGGAUGAGCUUCAGCAAGCGUCGAUUCAUGCAUCGCGCACUGUAA